AUGGCCCUGCUCAAGUCCAACAAAGUGUUCGUCUGUUUGGGAAACAUGACCCCUUCUCUCGGGGUUUUGUCUGCCCGUAACAGCUCGUGGUGGGGAGGGGUGCAGAUGGGCCCCCCUGAUCCCAUCCUUGGGGUGACCGAAGCCUUCAAGAGGGACACCAACCCCAAGAAGAUGAACCUUGGUGUGGGAGCCUACAGGGAUGACCAGGGCAAGCCCUUCGUACUCAGCUGCGUUCGCAAGGCAGAGGCCUUGAUUGCAGCUAAACAGCUGGACAAGGAAUAUCUUCCAAUUGGUGGUUUGGGAGAUUUUGCCAAAGCGUGUGCCCAACUUGCUCUUGGAGAUGAUAAUGAGGUCUUAAAGAGUGGCAGGAGCAUCACUGUGCAGACCAUCUCAGGAACUGGAUCGCUGCGCAUUGGAGCAAACUUUUUGUCUCGGUUCCACGCAGGCCCUCGUGAUGUGUACUUGCCCAAGCCUUCCUGGGGUAACCACACACCCAUCUUCAGAGACGCUGGCAUGCAGCUCAAAGCAUACCGCUACUAUGACCCCUCCACAUGUGGCUUUGAUUUCAGCGGCGCUUUGGAGGACAUCUCUAAAAUCCCAGAGCAGAGUGUGAUCUUAUUACAUGCCUGUGCCCAUAACCCCACCGGUGUGGACCCCAGGACCGAGCAGUGGAAAGAGAUAUCUGACAUUGUGAAGAAGCGAAACUUGCUGGUGUUCUUCGAUAUGGCAUACCAGGGCUUCGCAAGUGGAGACAUUGACCGCGACGCCUGGGCUGUGCGGUACUUUAUCGAGCAGGGCCACAACAUCGUGUUGUCCCAGUCCUUCGCUAAGAACAUGGGGCUCUAUGGUGAGCGUGUGGGAGGUUUCACUAUAGUUUGUAAGGACAGUGAGGAGGCAAAGAGGGUGGAAUCUCAACUCAAGAUCCUGAUUCGGCCCAUUUACUCCAACCCGCCAAUGAAUGGCGCGAGAAUUGCUACAACGAUUCUUACCACGCCAGAUCUGCGUGCACUUUGGCUAGAGGAAGUUCACGGAAUGGCCAAUCGCAUCAUCAAGAUGAGAGAACAGUUGGAGGCCGGCCUGAAAAAGAAUGGCUCCACCCACAAUUGGCAGCAUGUCAUCGACCAGAUCGGCAUGUUCUGCUUCACUGGCCUGAAACCUGAACAGGUUGAGCGCAUAACGAAAGAGUUUUCCGUGUACAUGACUAAGGAUGGCAGAAUCUCAAUGGCAGGCGUAUCCUCCGGGAAUGUGGAAUACCUGGCUGAGGCGAUCCAUGCCGUUUCAAAGUAG